AUGCUCCUUUCGUCUACCCUUUCGCUAUUCAGUCGAUCAACGAUCCCAACAGUUGGGUGUAUCACACGUGACAACAGUACCGCGGUUAUUUUAUGUCCAGAAGCACCACAAAUGAAUUUGAACGUAAGUAUAAAAGGAAACAAGUGUGAUGUCCGAAUGGAUUCCAUCACCUUAGCACCGGAUGAGGAAGGCAACCGAACCAAAGAUGUCCCGUUGGGUGCACGCAUGUCCAGGUGGUCCAGACGUCCCGGUUGGAAUCGGCCAGUCAUGUUAACCAUGACAAAAUUCUUCACACCUGUGGUCAAGAACAGUGAGAGGUCUUCCAGACGUGUGAAAGAAGUGGAAGCCCAAAAGAGCAGUUCGUUGGAGCAGAUUUCUUAUGUGGGUUGGAUGCAAGCCUUCACACAGAGGCUUCGAUCUCGGGCUGAAAGAAUCAAACUAUUCAAUCUGUUGUGGAAAGUUCAAUUCGCCAAUACAUCUGAAAUGCUAAUAAUACUCAUGCUUACAACUGAAAAUGGCCACUACUGGGGUGAGAACAGACAGGUCGUGAGCCAAAGGAUCUACGACGUACGCUUGACCUGA